GGGUAUUUCCAGCUUUGUGGCUUUCACUUCCACAUCUGCCAAGUGGGCGGAGUGGCCUCCUGUGGACGAAUCAGAUUCCUCCCCAGCACCAACUUCAAGAAGUGAGCGUGGGCUCAGGGUCCCAGACACACGGGAGGAGGCAGGUGACAGCAGCAGCAGCAGCAGGAGCUGUGGGGAAGACCAGAGACCAGAACCAUGGAAGACCAGCACGACCUCAUCUCCAACCAUGAGCAGCUGCCCAUGUUGGGCCAGCGCCCUGGAGCCCAGGACGGCAAAUGCAGCCGCGGAGCCCUGUACACAGGCUUUUCCGUCCUGGUGGCUCUGCUCCUGGCUGGCCAGGCCACCACCGCCUACUUCCUGUACCAGCAGCAGGGCCGGCUGGACAAGCUGACGGUCACUUCGCAGAACCUGCAGCUGGAGAACCUACGCAUGAAGAUGCCCAAGCCUCCCAAGCCCGUGAGCCAGAUGCGGAUGGCCACUCCCCUGCUGAUGCGGGCGCUGCCCAUGGAAGUCAUGCACAAGGGGCCCGUGCAGAAUGCCACCAAGUAUGGCAACACGACCCAGGACUACGUGAUGCACACACUCCUGAAGUCUGACCCUCUGAAGGUGUACCCACAGCUGCAGGGGAGCUUCCUUGAGAACCUGAAACAUCUCAAGAACACCAUGGAGAGCCUGGACUGGAAGGUCUUUGAGAGCUGGAUGCACCACUGGCUCCUGUUCGAAAUGAGCAGGAACUCCCCGGAGGAGAAGCCCACCGAGGCACCGCCCAAAGUACUGUCCAAGUGCCAGGAAGAGGUCAGCCACAUCCCUGCUGUCCAUCCGGGCACGUUCCGUCCCCAGUGUGACGAGAAUGGCAACUAUAUGCCGCUCCAGUGCCACGGGAGCACCGGCUACUGCUGGUGCGUCUUCCCCAACGGCACCGAGGUCCCUCACACCAGGAGCCACGGGCACCAUAACUGCAGUGAGCCUCUGGAGGCCGAGGACCUGUCUUCCGGGCUGGGCGUGACCAAGCAGGAGUUGGGCCAAGUCAUGAUGUGAGAACAGCAGGAGCCGUUUCCAACACGCAGGCAGCUCUGCUCGGCCGUGGCUUUCUUGCUCCCCUGUAUCACCAGCCCUUGUCGUUUGCCCAGACCACCCAAACCUUCCUCUCUGUCUCGUUCCCAUGAGACUCUGUGCCCGGCUUUCCAUCCAUCAGUCAUCCUUGGACAUGACCUGAGAUGAUGGCAUAGGACAGCUCUGUUGCCCACCCCACCAUCUGCCAACAGGGACACAAGGCCUGAGGAAGUGGACCAAAACCAGGCCGACCCCCAUUUCUGACACUGCAGCCAUGUCCACUGUAGGGCUCUGAGAUCUAGACUCAUGGACAGGGAAAAGGGACAACCCAUUCCUACACUCCAAAUCAGACACCUUUGCCGCCCUCUUCUAUCUACAUCACUCCCCAAGGAAAACCCCAGCCUUCCCUCACCCUACAAACCCCUCCUUUUCCACCAACCCCCAGCUCCCUGCUUAGCCACGCUUGCUGUCAGCACAGGGCCAUGGCUUAUGAAAAAAUAAAAGGAGUAGAGGACA